GGGAAACAUGGCCAUACACAACUCAAACAAGGCCGGUCCUGCAUUGCUUGAAUAACACGCCCAGCAUUCUUAAUCCCCAAGAAAUCAUAGUCACCUGUCACCAUAACCACACUCAACAUGGCACACGUCGGCGCACUCCCCAAGAUUAACCGUUACGUCACCACCCACAACGAACAAGGCAAAGCCAUCUUCAGCCAUGCCUUUAGCGACGAGAGCGAGAUGAAGCCCAACGACGAUGGCAUCGCGUUUGCCCUCAGCUACACGACCAAAGGAUUCCCCGUCGACAUGAGCGACGACAAAGACCUCGAGGUGUAUGACCGAUACCUCAAAGAAGCGCCCGGCCUGGUUGUCUCUGGCGGAACCGUCCUGCGACACGUUGAUAUUCCUCCCGCUACCGUGUGCACCAUGCACCGGACGGUGAGUUUGGACUACGGCUGCGUGCUCGAGGGAGAGGUCGAGCUUCUGCUCGACAGCGGCGAGAAGCGCCUGAUGAAACGGGGAGACGUCGCCAUUCAGCGCGGGACCAUGCACCAGUGGAUCAACCACAACAAGGACGAAUGGUGCAGGAUGCUUUUUGUGUUGCAGGAGUGUCAGCCGCUGAAGCUUGCAGGCGAGAUUGUCGGAGAAGAAUUGGCGGGCAUGGCGGGCGUGCGGCCUUCGGAUUGAGGCUCCCGGGUUUGUUGUAUGUUCCAGGUAUGAGGUCAAACUAAGAUAAGAUACGGGGGUCUUGGACGAAGCGAAGGAUUGCGAGAUGCUAUCGAUAUGGGGACGUCGAGUCUUGGGCGCCAAGCCAGCUAGCAUGCCAUCUGAUUGCUC